AAAUCCUGAAGAAGAUGACGACGAAGAAAAAGAAGAAGCAGCUGUUUAUCCUCAGUCAGCACGGUUCAUAUUUACCUCAAUAGUCAGCACGGUUCAUAUUUACCUCAAUAGUCAGCACAAGAUUUACGUGGUUUUCAGCUUGAAAUGGCAAUGAGUCAGUUUCCCUUCUGCGUAAUAGCCUAGAAACGCUAAAGAUUCGGUGUUGCACGUCUGGACCAAAGGCUCCGGUUGUUUUCGUCGCUGUUCUGGUGCUUUACGGUGCAGAAGGAUAUGGUUUUCUCAUCGUCCCAGCAAGUGGUGGUCGCAUUUACGGCGGUGUUGUUUGCGUUUGUGGUGUUCCCUAGAAUGUUCGGCGUAGGAUCCGGAGCGAAGGAAACAAGAGGUUUUGAUGCACGCUACAACAGAAAAGCGGGUCCGGGACCAGGACCAGGUGCAGUGAGAGGGCAGCCGGUCAACAAGAACACUGCUGGCUCCAUGAGCAAAGCACAGACCCUGGAGAACAUGCAGCAGAUGAAGGUGAUGAUGGAGCAGGAGAUGAAGGGUGACAAAUACAAAACCAACAGCAACAAGGGCUACGUGUUCACGCUGAUGCCGCUCUACGCCAUCGGAGUCGGCCUCUUUGCAGCGUACAAAUUUCUGAAGAUCAAGUCUGCAGAUGACUCCCAAGCCCAAAAGAACAAGGAUGCCAAAGGUCCCAAGAAGUCGGAGGAGACAGAGAAUCAGCUUACAGAGCUGGAGCAGCGGCUAGCGCAAACAGAGAAGAUGCUCAACUCCAUUCUGACCCAACUGGACCCAUUGACAAGUUGUGUCAAGUCUGUGGCCCAGGAACAGAAGAACGAGAUAAUGUCCCAACUCCAGUCCAUCCGCCACCUGAUGAAGAAGAGGGGCAUGGACUGUCCACCCCUUAACAUUGAAGAGCCGCAGUGCGAGAGGAACCUGGAUGACCUCAUCGAGUCUCUGGCAGCCCACGGCGACAUCUCACCAGAGGUGGUUGCUCCUGCGGAAGAUGAUCAAAGUGGUGUGGAGGAAGAGGAGGAGCCAGUCCACCAGCAACACCACCCUGAAUUCAAGGAUGAGCACUCAGUGACUGACGCUGAGGAGGAGAACAUGCCCUCCUUGGAGGAUUCUUGUGAGACAAACAUUGAGGACAUAGGCCUAGCCCAGAACAUUCCAGAAGAAAUGCCUACAACUGGGCUCAGACGACGCAACAGGCUGGAAUGAACAGAAAAAAGGGUGUUUUAAACUGUACAUGAAUAAAGCCAUACAUGUAUUUCCUCAUUGUUAAUGGCACUACUGCAGUCUGCUCAGUAAUGCUCUUGCUUUUGGCUCGUAGUUGAAUAAGAAAGGGCAGCUAUCAAUGUGAAAGAAAUUUGUCUAAGGUUGUGUGUGAUGAAGGUGAUUUUUCUGUUCCAUCCCUUAAAGCAUAGCAGAUCCCUGGCCAAUGUGUAGGGUUAGGACUUACUCCUGACAAAUAAAAUCCCCAGAAGCCUAACUCCAUAUAACAUUUGACUUAGGUCUGGAGGUUUUCCUUGUCAGGUAUGAGGCCUGAGUUUUCCAUCCUUGAACCAAACGUUAGUUAGUAUGUAAGGUACCUGUAAAUCAUUAUAUGCUGCCAUCUUUUAGAAGCGGUCAUUUCGGCCCUAAAUAUCAAGACCUCAGUGUGUUAUGCAAUCUUGCAACUGCCAUCCGUAUGUCAUAGAAUAGUCCAAAUAAAAAAUGUCAAACAUAGUUAACUAUAAA